AUGAAGGAAAGUCUCCAGUUAAAGAUGCAGGACGAACUUAUCGGCGAUAGCAGAAAGUGUGGGUACCGGAUGACUCAAGUGGCUGGGCAGACACCAAACCAUAACAAUGAACUGUCGAAAGAUGAAGAACAAAUAGAAGAAUCAUCACCUAGUUUAUUGGGUAUGAAGGUGCCUUCAAAGAAGCAGUCAGGCAAUUCAAGACAAAACGGACGUGUUACAAGGCAAACGAAGACAAAGAACGAAUUAGAAACAACAGCAAUCAAAAACAGCCAAAAGCGUGUCGCGUUAGUACAGGGUGAAAGAAAGAUAACAGAACGGAUGAGUCAGGUUGUGGUCAGUGCAUACUUCGUUUUAUCAUACGGACAUACGGAGAAUUUUGAUAUGAAGAGAUGUUGGGGUAACAUUUGUAUUUCAAUGUAUUUUUGUAUUUAA